AUGGCCGAGUCAUUGCCGAGUGUACGCUUCAGCACACACCCUCAGUUUUCCGGGUUCAUGAAGCCAUGUCGCUUUGAGGGGGACACAGAGAACCUCGAGGUCAUUGGCACGAUCCCUCCAGAGAUUCGAGGGACGUUCUACAGAGUGAUGCCCGAUCCUCAACUGCCACCCUUUGUCGACAACGACCCUUGGUUCAAUGGCGACGGCAGUGUCAGUGCAUUUCGCAUUGAAUCGGGUCGAGUGCAUUUCAAACAACGAUAUGUGAGGACUGAAAAGUUCCAACGAGAACGGAAAGCCAAAAAAGCCCUGGCUGGGAAAUAUCGGAACAAAUACACCGAUGCUGUCGAAUUCAAGGUCCGCACGACGGCCAACACUAACAUUGUUUAUUUCAAUGGGAAACUAUUGGCAUGUAAAGAGGAUGCACCGCCUUACGCGAUGGAUCCCGACACCCUCGAAACGCUUGGGCUGUACGACUUUGAGGGGCAAUUGCCAAGUUUGACCUUCACUGCGCAUCCGAAAUUGGAUCCUGUGACGAGAGAACUCGUCUGCUUUGGGUACGAAGCCAGAGGAGAUGGCACACCCGAUAUUUGUUAUUUCUGCGUCGAUGCGACCGGCAAGUUCACAGAGACAGUUUGGCUGGUCAGUCCGGUUGUUGCCAUGAUCCACGACUUUGCCGUGACAGAGAACUAUGUACUGUUCCCCAUCAUCCCCCAAACUUGCGAUCUAGAACGAAUGAAAGCAGGCGGAGAGCAUUGGCAAUGGAACCCUGAUAUCCCUUUCUACAUUGGAGUAUUGCCUCGCAGGUCGGCCAAAGCCUCUGAUGUCAAGUGGUUUCGCGCACCAAAUGCUUUCCCCGGACAUACCUGCAACGCCUUCGAGGCAGACGGCAAAAUCAUGCUCGACCUCCCAAUCAGUGACAAGAACGUUUUCUUCUGGUGGCCCGAUGCUCAAGGAAAUGCUCCGGACCCUCGUGAGAUAACGAGCAAUAUGUUCCGCUUUGAGAUCGAUCCCAAAUCAACAGAUCUGGAACUGCCGCCAGCUCGGUGCUUGCUGCGCGAAGACAUCGAAUUCCCCAGGAUCGACGACCGCUUCAUGUCGCACGAGUACACUCGGGCUUUCUGCAGUCUGAACGACGGCUCGGCGCCCACGAACUGGCCAGUGGUGGCACAGAGGAUGGGAGGUGGCUUCCCACCAUAUAAUACCAUAGGACAGCUGGAUCUGUCGACGGGUGAGUUGACCAAGUAUUUUCCUGGCGAUAUGCAUCUAGUGCAAGAGACCGUGUUCAUACCAAGGUCUCAUGGCACUGCGGAAGGCAAUGGGUGGCUUCUGUUCUUGGUCAACAACUAUGACACGAUGCUGUCAGAGGUGCACUUGGUGGACACGGAGGACAUGAGCAGCCCGAAGGCCAAAAUUCUGUUGCCCGUACGCCUAAGAGCUGGAUUACAUGGGAACUGGGUGGAUGCUGCCGAGCUGGAGACGUUUGAACCAAACGUUGGCGCAUUGCGGAUCUAA